AAAUUUUAAAAGUUGUUGAAAAUAGAAAAUUUACUUAAAUUCAAAACCACGAAAUCAUGUUAUUCUUCAGCAAAACGGAACUGGAGGCACAACUCAACAAACUGGUACAAAUAAUGCCAUGCAAAACUAAAUUUCAGUUGAUAGUCAAUUCAAGUAUAAUUUGAAAUUAACAGCAAGAGGCUAAUAGGUGAACAGAUAUACCUGGAAGCAAUAAUGGCAGCAGCAACUGUUAGUUCCCUCUUGAAAACACCGUCAACUGAGGCACAGUUGGAUUUGGUGUGCGAUGAGUGUGUUUAUUAUGACAGUUGUCUGACGCCAGCUGUCGAUGAAGGUGCUGGGAUAUUUAUCGAUAGCAGCACACCAGCUGUGCAAGAAGAUGAAGAAGAAGAAGAGGAAGUAGACGACGAAUUGGAGCAGCCAAAGAACUUGGCAAGCUCAGCAGAGGCACAGAUCGAAUUCAAUGCCGAAGAGCCCGAAUCAACAACAUCUACAAGUACAAAAGCCGAUACAAAUAGCGAUAACGAUCCAAUUAUCGAUAACGAUUGUGAGAUCAAUGGCAAAAUGACCGUUUUGCUCGACUUUCCAAAAGACGCCGCCACGGAACAAACAUCCGAGGAGCAAAAACAGUUCGAUGAUAACGAAGCUCAGAGGGCUUUCGAUGUUUUCACCUUCAAUAAUGACAAUGUGGACGUUGAGAUGGCCAGGCUAACGAAUCUAGCACUAAAAAUGGGCUAUGCGCGUAUUAUCGAUUAUGAGAACUUACGCAUUAUCGAGCAUGUUAUCGAAAGCGACGAUGACGAUGAGGCGGAAAGUGCGGAGGCACAGCAAACGACAACGGAGGAAUUGCAGCAGGCUUGCAAAGAUUUGGUCGCUUUCAUCGAUGAAAGCUAUCAGCUAAUCGAUAAAUCAGGCGUUAAAGUGGUUGGCGAGCUGCCAACAGCUCACAGCAUCGUUGACAGCAACAACAACCGGAGCGGAACGAGCGGCCAGGCGAGUGCUAAAGCAGCGCGCCAAACGUCGACAAAUCAAGCCCAUUGCAGCAGCACAGAGCCAGAGCAGGAGCAGGAGCAGGAGCAAGAGCCAGAGUUAGAGCUGGAGCCAACGGCUCACAGCAGCGCUUUGGUCAAGGCGUAUCAGUCGAAUCUAACGCCACUGGCGCCGCCCUUUCAGCCCGCCGCCCUGAGAGCCCAGCCACAAAAGCCAAUUGCCUCAAGCAGCUGCAACAGCAACAUGUCCAUGCAGCCUCAUUCAACAGCAUACAACAGAAGCCAGGCUUCGAGUGCAGCCUAUGCUGGCUAUGAGCAAGCUGCAGUUUACUAUCAACAACAUGCACUAAACCUGCCGCCGCAGCAACAACAGCAACACCAGCAGCAGCAACAGUUGUCGCCCAAGCAGCAACAGCAAGCGCAUUGCAGCCAGCACAGCGGCAUGCCGCACAUACAUCUCCAAUCGAGCAAUGGCCCCCAGCUGUUGCCGGUGCAAUUAAUUACGCUGACACCAACACCUACAGCAGCGGGAGCAACAGUAGCAACAACAGCACCAACUGCUGCUGCGGCUGCUGCCAGCAGCGCCGCUUGGCCACUUGUGGAGGCGCCCAUCUAUAUGGAUAUCAAUGGAGAGUAUCGCAGCUUUUGUCCAGCUCAUGGRCCGCCAGCAUUGGCAGCCGCAGCAGCAGCAGCAGCAGCGGCGGCAGCUGUUGGCAGUGGCCAGCAAUUGCUCACACAUCAGCAUCAACUGCACCAUCAGCAGCAGCAGCAGCAGCAACAACAGCAGCAGCAGCAACAGCAACAGAAGCUCGUUGUGACAAAUGUUAAUGGAAAUAUUGGUCAGGCAGCAGCAGCAGCAGCAACAGCAGCAGCAGCAGCGCCUCAAUUGCUACUGCAGUUGGAUGCUGCAAUACAACAGCAACACAGGCAAUCACAGCAGCAACAGCAGCAGCAGCAACAGCAACAACAACAGCAGCAGCAACAACAGCAACAUCACAUACAGCUCCAGCCAGCAAUUGCUGCCACUGCUGCUGGCAGUAAACGCAGUAAACUCUACCGAGGUCCAACGGCCGUUCAAAUGGUCUCCCACAACCGGCAGCCGCCGACGAUGACGAUGCCAGUGCAGGUGCCACCAUAUGUGAAUGAGAACGGAACUCUGACCCAUGUGGUGCUACCGCCGCAGCAAUACCAGCAACUGCAUACCGGUCAGGGACAUCUGCAUGCAGGACCAUUUAUAAGCAGCAAUGGUACAUCGCAUUUCUAUACGCCGCUGCCCGGCUAUCCGCCCGGGCCAGGACCAACGGGCAACGGGCCACCGCAUUAUCAUAUGCCGCCGCCGCCGCCCCCGCAGCACCAGCAGCAGACGGGUGCCCAACAGGCAGGCACGGCGACAGCUGGCGGUGCGCCGCCAACGUCACAGACGCACUUACAUUCCCCGCACUCGCCAUCGCCGCCCAACUACAGAGAUGAGCGCAGCCAGCGACAGCACACGAAGCUGCUGCGUAAGCUGGAGAAGCAGCGUGAGCUGAACUCCAGCAUGUCCACGCCCACGCAUUCGCCCUCUCCGCGUCGCAAUGACAUCAAUGGGCAUUACAACAACAACAGCGGCAACAACAACAACAACAGCAACAACAACAUUCCAGUAGCACAGCAGCACCAGCACAACAACCACAUGCAUAGCCAUGUGCGUGGACGCCACUUGGCGCAUCAGCAGCCGCAACCGGCGCUGCAGCAGCAGCGAAACGUCGUCAUCGCUAGCACCGCAACUGGACAGCAGUUGGCCGCGCCCACGCGCAGCAGUGUGGGCGGUGCGAGCUCAGUGGGCACGUCGGAGGACGGCGAGGAUACGUCCAGUGUGGCCGCCGAGGAUGAGGAGGACUACCAGGCCCAAAUUGUCGAACAGAUCUCGGCCAUUGACAGGCCAGAGGUGAUCGAUGUGAGUUCGCGUGCUGCGAAGAUCAUUUGGGUGCCGCCAACCAUAACGGAUGUGCUGCUGGUGAACGUGCAGGAUCUGCGCUACCAAGUGCUGCUCAGCGACACGGGCAAACAGUGCAAAUACAAGAGCCUGUACCGGGGCGAGGCGUACGAGUGCAUUGUGCAGGAUCUGCAGCCGGGACAGGAGUACUUGGUGCGGCUGCAGGUGCACUAUCAGCAGCUGCAGGGCAGCGUUAGCGAACCCACCGAGUUCAAAACGCCAGCCUGUGAGCCCGACCAGCCGCUGCCCCCCAAACUGGUGUCGCGCACCAGGAGCUCGAUAAAUCUGCGCUGGACGGCGCCAGCUGCCAACGGUGCGCCCAUUCAAUAUUAUCUGCUCGACUAUGACGAGGGGCGUGGCAAUGCGCUGCAGUUCACGGAGCUGGCCAAAACCAAGGCGAAGCACUAUCUACUCAACAAGCUGCAGUCGACCACAGUCUACAGCUUUCGCCUGGCUGCCGUCAACGAGAUCGGCCAGUCGGCCUAUUCGCAGGUGAGCAGCUACAGCACAGCCGGCAAUCCGCCCACAGCGCCGAUGCCGCCGCAGCUGCAGGCCUGCACCGCCAGCUCGCUGCAGCUCGUCUGGGAGCGGCGAUCACAGGACGGCGACUUUCUGCUGCAGCUGCAGGAUGCUGAGUCCGGACACGGUUACCUGAACAGCUACAAGGGUGGCGAGACCCGUUACGAGUGCCUGCAACUGCGACGAGCCACCAACUAUCAGUUCCGUUUGCGCACGGAGAAUGAUGCUGGUGUGUCGCCUUGGUCCAAGGAGGUUACCUACUGCACGGCAGCGGAGCGGCCCGGCCGGCCGGGMAAACCGCAUGCCAAGGGCAAGAUACACGGCACGCAUUUCAAGGCGCGCUGGGAGCCGCCGUCGGACACCGGUGGCUCGGAUAUCUUGCGCUACCACCUGGAGCUCAGCGCGGGACCCAGCUUCGAGCGCAUUUACACUGGCAGCGAAACGGAGGCGAUGUGUGAGCGGCUGCAGCCGGGCACCACCUAUCAGCUGCGUGUCUGCUGCGAGGGGCCUGCCGGGCAGAGUCCGUUCUCGGAGAUCGGACAUGUGACCACAGAGGCAGUGCCACCAGCCGCACCACCCCAGCCCCAUUGCGAUGCACCACCAACGCCUUACGCAGCACUGUUGCGGCUCACCCAGCCGGAGAACAAUGGCGGUGCGCCGGUUCUGGAAUUUGAGGCGCAGCUGCGUUGCCUCGAUGCAUCGGAGCCCUCGCAGCCACAAAUCGUGUAUCGCGGCAAACAAGACUACUUUGUGGCCCAGCAGCUGGCACCGGGUGGUGUCUAUGAGGCACAGGUGCGUGCCAUCAAUCGAAUUGGCGCCGGUAGCUGGUCGCCGUGGCUGCGUUUCGAAGCGGCCGCCGCACCGCCCAGUGCGCCCACUGACCUGGAAGUUGUGGUCAAGUCGGCGACCCAUCUGACCGUCACUUGGAAGCCGCCGGCGCAGCUGAACGGUGCAGCUGUCAGUGGCUACAGCCUGCAGAGCGCCAGCCAGCAGCUGGAUGAGCCCCAGGCUGAGCCGCCCAGCGCACAGUUCCAUGGCUGCUACCAGGGACCCCAGACUCUAGUGGAGCUGCGCAAUCUGACGCCCUAUACACGGUAUUACCUACGCGUGCUGGCCAGCAAUGCGGCUGGUGCUGGACCCGUAACGGAUGCUGUGUGCGUAUCGACGCCCGCUGCUGUGCCCGGCGCUCCGCAGAUGUUGGGCUACGAGUUCACCUCACAGGAAGUCACCUUGAACUGGACAACGCCGGCGUCCCAUGGCGCCGACAUCAGCAACUACAACAUUGAAUACGGCGAACGGACAAUCGCCACACCGGACGCCUGUACGCGCUACACAGUCACUGGCCUGACGCCCGAGACAAGCUACAAAUUCCGGGUGCAGGCGGUAAAUGCGAUAGGCAGCGGACUCUUCAGUACCUACGUGAAGCUAACGACACAGCCGGCACCGCCAGCGCCACCGCGGCUCGAGUGCAGCGGCUCUGGGCACAACUACUUGAAACUCAAAUGGGGCGACAGCGGCAAGACGGGCUCCGUGUCCACGCUCUCGUCCGGCGCACUCAGCGGCAGCAGUGCGGACUUUACCAAGUACUAUGUGGAAAUGUAUGUGGCCAGGGCGAAGCAAUUCCAAACUGUCUACUCGGGCACGAAUUGCAUGUGCAAGAUACACAAGCUGCAGGAGCGCAGCAGCUACACAUUCCGCAUCUAUGCGCAUACGGAUCGGGCCGGCGACGGUGAGUACUCCGAGGAGUAUGUAUUCGAGACGGGCGCCACGCUGCCGGCCAACAUCAAGCCGCCGCGAGUGCUGCACGAGGGCGUCUGCCUGCUGGACCAGGCCAGCCAACCGCUGGUGCAGCUCACUCUCGAGUGGCAGCACUCGAAGAACAGCUUCAACGAUCGUGUCGAGUAUGAGCUGCAGUACGCCAUCGUCGCCUCCGAUGCGGACAGCUCCAGCUCACCCAAGGCGCGCAGUGCCAGUGGCAACAGCAGCAGCAACAGCAACCACACCAAUACCAGUGCAGCACCCGUGGCGCUAAGCAACCUGGAUUACCGACAGCUGUACCGUGGACCAGAGACCAAGUUUACCAUAGACAAUCUUGUGCCGGGCACCUGCUACCAGUUUCGGGUGUGUCCGGUGCGCGUCACCAGCAGCGGCGAGCUGUUCCCGGGACAGACGUCAGCGGCGCUGCGUUAUCAAGUGCCCAAGGAGCUGGACGCCAGCACGGCACCCUGCCACCAUCUGCAUGGAUCGGCAAUGGUGCCCAGCCAGACGACGCAGCGGGCUAGCCGCAAGCAAUCGGAUACGAACAGCGUGCACAUGCGUUCGGUAAGUGCCUCGGCGAUUAGCGGCAAUAGUGGAGUUGGAGCUGAUGUCCAGGCGAUUGGGCGAUUGCAGCAUGAGCUGGCAGCAGCUAACUUCAAUGCUUGCGGCGAUCCGCUGCAUCAUCAUCACCAUCAUCAUCAUCACCAUCAUCAGCCGCAUCAGGCGUGCCCCGGGGAGCCAGCGGGCUCGUCUGGUCUGGCUGGUACAUCGGCGUCUACGUUGCAGCUGCGGGGCAACAGCAGCGGUGCCCAUCACUUGCACCAUCAGCAUCAUCUGCACCACUCACACCACAUGCAUCAUGCGCACUUGCCGCACGCCACCGCUGCCGUCAUGGGCUCCGCAACUAGCAGCAACGGCAACAGCAGCGGCAGCGGCAGCAGCAGCAACUUCAUCUUGCCCCACGGCGGCAUGAUCAGACGCUUCGUCUCCAGGCUGAUGGCGCUCUACUACAAUAGGAAGCGGCUGACGGACCAACAGAAGGCCGUCUUCUUUGUGGUUUCAUUUGUAUUCGUGACUUUCCUAGUGGCGAUGCUGGUGCACAUGCUCUGUGGCUGAUUUGGCGAUCGAUCGUCACACAACAAAUCACGUGUCUCAAAAAAGUGAUUGCAAAUCACUCGCAUUUGUUUUUCUUAUUAUUAUCAUUAUCAUUAUUAUUAUUAUCAUUUUUAUAUGUGUUUAUGUAUGUGUAUAUAUAUAUAUAUAAAUAUGAAAUCGAUUGUACAUCUCCUAAAUCUCUCUAUAUACAUAUGUAAGAAGGCAACAGUAAUCCCACACACUUCACAAACAAUUCCUUAAACAACACCAACAAUAUUAUAUACAGUAUAUCUAUACAAUGAACAUUCUUAAGAACUCUUUAUUUACAAUUUCACAUAAAUUAUUAUGUGGCUAACUACAUGUUUAAUCGAUUACACACACACUCACACACACACAAGCAUAUGUAUACUACACACAAAAAUCUCCAUAUGUGCUAUAGCAUUUUGUGCAACAACCAACUCUCAAUGUACAUACAACUAAACAAACAAACAAACAAAAACAAAAACAA